UAACACUUUCAUAACAACCCAUGUUAAAAGAGUUUUGCAGAUACUUUAGCUUUGACUUGGGUAUUUGGUUAACACGUUAAAAAGCUAAAGUACGGACUCUAUCUAAACUUUAAUAAAAAAUAAUAACACAUGCUUUAUAUUUAAUUUAUAUAUGUUUGUACACUUUGCACUGACGGGUGAAUGAUAUACAGGUCAUUGACCUGCGCUCGCGCUGCAUGACACACACACACACACACACACACAGAGCCUGCCUGCACACUGUUUUUAAAGGCUAAUAGAAAAGGCAAGAAAUACGCAUGAGUGCCAGAUUGCAGCGUAUUAAACAUCAUAUUUUAUCACCACAUCAGUGUUCAGAAAUGAGCUCUCUACCCCCAAGUCCGCUUACCACUCAUGUCCUGAACACUGGCCGAGGUGUCCCAGCUGCAGGCAUGAGCAUCUCUCUGUGUAUCCUGGAUCCUGCCACGUCAGGUUGGAACCAUCUAACAACAGGAACUACCAACAGUGACGGACGCUGUCCAGGGCUGAUCACUAGAGAAGCCUUCGGUCCUGGUACGUAUAAAAUGCGUUUUGAGACUGGAAAGUAUUGGGAGAGACUGGGGGAGACCUGCUUCUACCCGUAUGUUGAGAUUGUUUUUACCAUCACUGAUGCUUCUCAGAAGUUCCACAUCCCACUGCUCCUGAGUCGCUUUUCAUACAGCACGUACCGGGGAAGCUAAAAAGUGCAGGGACCAAACUGAUUUAAACCAAGUCACACUGAUUUGCUUGAUCUUAAUGUUUGGAUGAGGGUGCUGUUACUGUAUAAGUUUAUCCACAUGUAAAAAGUAACAUUAUUGAUGUUAGAUGUAUUUUACAGGUCACUUAAAGGCAUGAUCGCUUAGCAUAAAACUAUGGGUCAGCAGCUGUCUCAACUAUGUCUUGCUGUCUCAUUUUACAGUAUGUCCUGAUGUUAGUUUUAGGAUGAUGAUGUGACAGAAUAAAAAUGUUCCAUAACCAAAUAAAUUGUAUAUUAAAAACA